ACUCUGGGAAGGAGAAAAGAUGGCGGGACGUUCAAAAGUUCGGCGGAGCGUCCGAAUUUACAGCCUGAGAAAGUGAAGCUCAAAGAGCCAUCCGGCGACACGAACCGUGGCUGCCCCGGCUCUCACCCGGAGCUCGGCCGCUGGCCAUGAGUGGGGGCCGGCCUAAGCUCGGCCCUUUGGCCGCUCUGAUGGGCACCCCGCUGGAGGAGCAACAGGCGGCUAAACCGAGAGCAAACCGCCUGAGCAGGAGCUCCAGACAGAGGCUGGGAUCUGAGCAGGACUCCCCGAUGAGCCAGCGGGCAGAGUUUAAGACCCCCACCAGAAUCCCCAGGUUCAGACCAGCAGGAAGGGUCUGCGGCGAGUCUCCGCACAACGACUCCGACUUUCAGCAGGACAUCAUCUGGGACGCCACCUCCCCUUCGCCAAACAGACGCGGUAAAAGAGGAAAAACGCGCCCAGCCGGAGCCGUGAGCAUCUCGGAGAUUGUCAGCAGGAUCGCUCCGAAGCACGGCAGACCCAAGGAUGCGGACCCGACGUUACAGCAGUGGAUCGGAGACAGCGCCUCCAUCCCCUGCACACCAGACGUUCAGCCGCCCAAACCCAAGAAGAAGUCCCCGAGACCGAACGCCGUCGACGACCUGCUGAAGCUCGCCAAGCAGUUUGACUGCAACAUGUUUCGUCAGGAUGAGGAGGAGGCGGAGGACAUGCACCAGCAGAGCCUGGAGCUCCUGUCCGAGGACAUCCUGAAUUUCGAGAACGGCGUUGAGAUUGAAGUUUCUCCCUCAGUUCCUGGAAGCCGUCUGCCUGCUGCGAGCGUUGUGGCGGCGAUGGGCAUGCAGCUUCUUCCAGAUCAACGCACGGACAACGAUCUGGAUUUCCUCUUUGAUGGGCCGACUCAGUACAUGAGCGGGAACCUGAGCCAGGCCUCCUCAGCUCAGUCACAGGUUGAACCUCCCAGAGAGGCUUCUUGGAAACCGUCCGCCUCGUCACACGGCCCCACUUCAGCUGUUUCCGCGCCGCACGGCAACGGCACAUCAGCUGGCAACGACUUCGAGGACGACUGGGGAGACGACAAUCUGCUAAACGACUCUUUGGUGUUAGAGAUGACGCAAAAUCCUCUGAAGUUCGCUUCUCCAAAGUUCUGCUCGACCCAGACACCUGCCGGCCAGGCAAGUUAUCAGAGGGAAGCUCCGGCUGCUGCCGGUGUCGCUGUUGGGCUCGGCCAAUCGGCGGCACCCAAAGCGGAAAAGGAAAACAUCAGGCCGAGAGCGACUUUCCUCCUGGAGCCUAAUCCUGCUUUCUCUGUGGAAAGGAUCCAGAACGCACACCGGCAGGUGGGCUACAGCUCGUAUCCCGCCGGUAGAGACUCUGACCAGAGCGAGUCUUCAUCCUGGCGUGCCCGGGAGACCUGUAAGUCCAACCCGGUGAAGCCGGAUCUGCAGAAACCACCGUCUGACCUAAAAAGGACUUCUGCGGGGAUCUGCCGGUCUGCGGUGUCACAGACCACAAACGCUCCAAACUUCCCACAGAAAGCUGGAGUUUCCUCCCACAGCGAGCCGCCCGCUGAUGCCGACUUCCUGAAUGAUGACCUGGAUGCUUUCUUCCUGUCAGAGCCGGUCUGGGACGACCCAGCAGAUGAUGAGCUGCUGUGUGAAAUGUGUGAGGACCUGGAGCGCCAGAUCCUGGGUGUGGCUGAAAAACAGGCUCCUUUGAUUGGUCAGAUUCCCAGCCAGAGCGCAGCUCUGCGGCUGACCGGCAGAACCGGACAAGACGACAGGAUCCGGCAGCCGGCAGCUCCUCCCCCCACAGGUACGGGCAGAGCAGCUGGCAGCUCAUUGGCCGGUGGUUCUGCCUCCAGUGUCACCGUAAAGGUGAACGAGACUCUGAGGUUCACGGGGAAAAAAAUGGCGUCAGGAUUCAUGGUCGAGUCGGCGUGUCUGCAGGAGAGCAGCAGGGUCCAGGGGGUUGCCGCGCCGCAGAGAGCGCCGCAGCAACAUGCCACCAAAGACCAAUUCACCUUCAAGAGGCCGACCGACCCGGUGUCCAUGGCAACCAACAACGUUCGGGGGAAAUGUUCGGCCGCGGAGAUCGAGCGGAAGAAGCAGCAGGCGAUGGAGAGGAGACGGCAGCGGCUGCAGGCCGCUCAGAACCUCCGAGAUGUGACGUGACCGACCUGCGGGGCUGGGCGGCGGGUCGCCUGCCCGAGGAUGAAAGCUGGCGGACACGUGGGCAGCUGCGCUCUGAUUGGUCCGCUGAAGUGUGACUGAUGGUCUUCUGUGUUGGCGUGUAGCUGAUGUCACUGCUGUGUUUUUAAUCGUUUCUGUAUUUUUGGUUCACAGUAAAAUAUCUGAUGAACUUUGGCGUCCUCUCUGUAAAACUAAAGGCUUAAAAAGCAUGUAGGUUGUCUGCACGCCAGUGCCUGAGGCUCGCGCUGCAUCACAGCCCUGCCAGGCUUCUCUCGCUCGCCGUGUUUUUACCUGCGCAGGAAAACAUCGUGUGGACGAUCGUUAUCACAGACUCGGAGAGAAGAUUCCACCUGCGCUGAAAACUGAAAACAUCCGGCUCAUUCCUACCUGCUGAACUCGAAGUCGGACUCACACCUGUAAACGCACCAGUGUGAGCAGGUGAUGCUCAGGUGGAGGCCCGAGACUCAGCUUCCUCCUCCACCUCUCUGAAUGCUAACAGACGAACAGCCAGCAGUAGAUGUAUGAAACAUUAAAGUGUCAGCAGGAAGUGACACGCGAGGGGAAGUACAGCUGUCUGGGGUCGGGAUAACGAGGCCCGGGAAGCUGACCGGGUCACAGAGAGUCUUAAAACCCUGGAAAUUCAGUUCCGUCGACUUCAGCUUUUAACAUUUGUUCACAUUUUAUUAAAACACUGAAACAUCUUUCCUUCGCAGACGGACUGACGUGUCGUGUACGCGCUGCAGGUUUGACCUACAGAUUAAACUGGAGUCCAUUUUUAA